UCAGGGUUGUCACUCAUUACAGCUCACUCGCUCAGCUCUCAAACACUAAGCCUCACAAAAAUGUUGUUUACGUUAGCGCAGAGGUUGUUUAGAGGAUCUGACAGAUGAAGAUAAAGUUUACUUCCUUUUGUUCUUUGCUGUAAGUUUAGUCAGCAUGGCUGUGAUUUUCUUAUCACUCAAAUUAUUCUCUGCUCGUAGAUGCCACUUGUGAUCUGCAAAGGAACGAAACUGAACAUUUGCCAAACAAAACUGCGACAUUAGAUGCCAGCAGACACACCUUGAGGUGAGUCAGAAGGUUGCAGAGACUUUCAGAGCGAGAACAAGAUGCCUGUGGUUAAGGCGGAGGACGAGGCUCCGGCUCAGACGGCCGUGGAGACGACAGACUCUCAGAACGCAGAUCCUCCAAAAGGCCGACGCAGGAAAAGGCCUCUGCAGAGGGGAAAACCUCCCUACAGCUACAUCGCUCUCAUCUCCAUGGCCAUCGCCAGCUCCCCUGAUCGCAAGCUCACUCUCGGGGGCAUCUACAAGUUCAUCACAGACCGCUUCCCUUUUUAUCGGGACAAUUCCAAAAAAUGGCAGAACUCUAUCCGACACAAUCUGACACUCAAUGACUGCUUUGUCAAAAUUCCCCGAGAACCGGGGAGGCCUGGGAAGGGCAACUACUGGUCACUGGACCCAAAUGCGGAGGACAUGUUUGAGAGCGGGAGCUUCCUGCGACGUCGCAAACGCUUUAAACGCUGCGAUUUCAACACCUACUGUACCUCCUCGUCAACGUACCAUCACGACUCGCCCAUUUUCUCUCCGGUCCAGAUCGCCUCCUCCGUCUACGGGUCGGUGUACCCCACGUACGCGCCGCAGAUCUCUCCCCCGUACUACCCACCAUCCACGACCCCGUUUGGUUCGAGCCAGUCUCGUGUGUUCAGCAUCAACACCAUCAUCGGGUCUGGCGGUUUGGUGCACAGCCCUCCGGAGACGCCGCCGGCGCAGCCAUCGUGCCGUAACUUCACCCAAGACGGAGGAGGAUCGUGCUCACUAAACUCCAACCAUAUCGCCUUCUCGUACCCCAACACCGGGAAUCAUGGGUACGGCCAGGCCGCUCAGGGCAUGUUCACACACAACGGCACACAGAACUACAUACCGUCUGGGCGACUAGGGGUCACGGGGUCAUCCCCCAUCACCACGGAUGUAGCAAAUGAUCCAUACAUCCAUAACAGCGGUGGAACAGGUGGGUACAUGAGACCUGUAACGUAUCCGUCCUGCAUGGACAGGUUUGUUUCCGCCAUUUAAAAACUAUGAAGGUGCUAAAAAGAGAUAAAUACACUGCUGCCUGGGACCAGACUGUACGCGGGUACAACACUAUUUAAAGACUGGUACACCUGACUGGUUCUUAUUUUUAAAUCAACUAUUCCUGAGCUCAUGGAAAUCAGUUAUAUUCGCUGCACAUGUGGAAAAUAUGGCAGUAUCUCAGGUCACAUGUUUCUUUAUUCUCUCUCUCUCUCUCUCUCUCUGUCUCUCUCUCUCUCUCUCUCUCUCUCUCUCUCUCUCUGUCUCUCUCUCUCUCUCUCUCUCUCUCUCUCUCUCUCUCUGUCUCUCUCUCUCUCUCUCUCUCUCUCUCUCUCUCUCUCUCUCUCUCUCUCUCUCUCUGUCUCUCUCUCUCUCUCUCUCUCUCUCUCUCUCUCUCCUGAAGUGGAACGACGUUUGAAAAGACUUGACGUUCUCAGCUCACAGCACAGAAUUCACCUCACUGACUCUGAAAAGAUCACAUUUUGAUCAUUUUUACUGACCCAGGAAUAGCGUGCAGGUUGAUUAUGUUAAAGAGAUGUUUACUGUUUCCUCUGUUUUUAGCGUGUGUGAUAUGUGUUCCGGUGUGUUUCUGUAAUUAUUUUGCAUUCUACUGCAUUUCUCUUUUUGUACAGAUAUUAAAAAUAAACUGACGAAAUAGAAAAACCUCA